AUGGUUACUGGGAACAGAAAUCCGGCAACGGCGAAUCGCCGGAAAAUCCUGUCUUAUAUAGUUGCAGGGAUCAUACUACAAAUGCUAAUUAUAUUAGUCUUUGUUUUGAUAUUUUUACGCAUAAGAAGCCCUAAAGUCCGGUUCAAAGCUCUUACUGUAGAAAAUAUUAAUGCAAAUUCAGCCGGUUCACCAUCCUUCAGCAUGAAACUUGCUGCUCAAGUUACAGUCAAGAACCCAAAUUUUGGGCACUUCAAAUUUCGUGAUAGCCCAAUUUCCAUAUUCUACAAGGGUACUCUUGUGGGUGAGUCAUACCUUCCUAAAAGACGUGCCAGAGCGCGAUCGACGGAGAAAAUGAACAUCGCCAUCUCUGUGGAUUCAAAGGAGGUUUCUUCCUCUUCAAGUUUGAGAAGUGAUAUAAAUUCAGGUAAGAUUCCAUUGAGCAGUAAAGCAACCUUAUAUGGGAAAGUUCAUCUGUUCAAAGUCAUUAAGAAGAAGAAGACAGCAAAAAUGGAUUGCACAAUGGAUGUUAAUAUUAAAGCAAACACAAUUGAGAAUUUGAAAUGCAAGUAA